UCAUUAGUUUUUGUUAGAGGGCGUAGUAAUAUCAUCAUGGCAGAGUGUAUAACAUCUUGUUUUCGAAAAUGUUUGGAUACGCCAAAUUUGGGGUACAACUCAUUAGAAGAAACAUCUGACAUAGUAUUGUUAGACACAAAAAACAUGGGUCAAGAUGUGGUGCUUGUGAAAAAUGGACUUAGAAUCUGUGGUAGUGGUGGAGCUCUUGCUAACUAUCCUUUAGUUCAGAAUAAAGCAUAUUUUGAAGUAAAACUACAGCAAAAUGGUUUAUGGGGUGUUGGUCUUGCUAACUCUGAAGUUGACCUUAAUCAUGUACCACUUGGACAAGACAGUCAUUCAUGGGUCUUGACAAGUGAGGGAACAAUAACUCAUGAAGGUGAAGUUGUAGAUAAACUCCCAGAAGUGCUUCAAGAAGGUGAUGUACUGGGAAUUACAUAUGAUCAUGUGGAGAUGAACUUCUUUAUCAAUGGAAAACCUCUUCAUACUCCUAUAACAGGAAUUAAAGGAGAAGUAUAUCCAGUAUUAUAUGUGGAUGAUGGAGCUAUUUUAGAUGCAACUUUCAGCAAAUUUUAUCAUCAGCCUCCUCAAGGUUUUGAUAAAAUCAUGGUGGAGAAGUCCUUAUUGUAAAAAAGAAAUUCUUAUAUCUAUCUACUUUUCAAGUGAAAGCAUGUGAGCCAGCUCCAGCCAAGUACACCUCAAUCUAGGUAUUCAUGAUGGUUAUAAAAUGCUGCUGAAAAACAUAAAGAUCAGCAUUAUCUUGUAUGUUUGAAAGACUUUCAGGGCUCUUAAGACAUGGAAUUUUUAGAUAUAACAUUUGGUGUGCAUUUUGGACUUGGUAAAAACAUAGAAAUACAGUGUGCAAGUGUUUGUUUUUGUGAAUAUAUAUACAAUUUUAUUUCAGCAUGACAUUAAGAUAAUAAUGGUGUUGGGUUACUCAUGAUAAAGUAAUUUUGUUGUACUUAUUUUAGAACACAGAAACAACCAUUUUUCUUUCUUUAUUUAUUUUUUGUGUUUGAAUUAUAAGAAAAUAGUAUUUUGGAAAACUGUUUGAAGAAUUUUUAUUUAAAACUUUGUAUAGGUACUAAAAUUCCAAAACAAACAUCUUAUAUGAGCAGUAACUCAAUAAAUACAUGCAUUUUAAUAUUAAAAUAUAAGGUAAUUCUAAUUCCACCACAAGUUCUAUGUUAUGUUGUAAGACAUGCUUGGGUUAUUUUUUAUGCAACAUUUUAUUUACUGGUUUCAUUCUGCUUGUAUUAGUUUAUUGUUUACUUAACGUUCUAAGACCUUUGGAGCUUUGCUUAAACUCAGUUGGGGUUAAAAGUAGUAUAAUCACUCAUGUAUAUAAAAAAUCAUUAUGAUUUUCUUUUCAGAUUCUGUCAUAUUCUUUAAGAGAAACAUGUUUGACUGGUGAAAUCUUGUAAAUGAAAAAGUGUUUAGUUGUGUAUAAUGCUUUAGUGUUAGAUUUGCUAAUUUAUUCCUUGUUGCUAUUUCCUUAACUCUGCUGCUUGUUAAAGAAAACUCUUAUGAACCGUUGUCAAAAUUUUAGUGUAAGAUGGUAAAGAAUAUGAUAGAACAAGAAGGGUUAAUGGUAAUAGCACUGGAGGAGUGCUCAUAAGGAUUCUUGUAUGAAAGUCCAGUUACUUGUCGAGUAAGAAGUCCCUUUAAUAUUUUAUAUAUACAUAUUCUCUCAAGAGUAAUAUACAAACAGGAUAUUAGACAAGUUAUCACAUUUACCACAUUGCUAUCAGUUGUUUUGACCUAUUCUGUAUUUUUUAAGGUGACUGUUAUUUGGUGUAUUUUAUAAUGAUGUAUAUUAAUGAAUGAUAAUUGAUAGAGAGGAAUAAAAGUUAGUGAAUAUGUCAUUUUUGUAAUCUCUUUUCAAGUAAGUCAAUUUCCUCAGCAUUAUUUAGGAGUAAUAAAUGUUAACACUAGUUGUUACUUCAUAACUCUUGAGCAGUGAGACUAUUUAUAUUCUGUAAAGUUUACAAAAAAGAAAGAGCUUUAACUUUUCAGCAUCAAUUUCCCUUUCUAUUGACUUGUAGUUGUUUUAGUAAUUAUACUUUAGUACAUGAGUCCUGUGAUAAUUGUAUUCACACUGCUUAUUAAUACUAUGAAUAUUUCUAAAUAUGUCAAUUAUUUGGAGAAUUCAGAUUGAUUUGUGAUUUUAAGUUUGAGCAAAUGAACACAGAAAAAAUUGAUACAGACAGAUGAACAAACUGUAGUAACUUUACAGUCCUUUAGUGACUUGUAAAACUUAAAUCUAGGGUUUGAUUCCCCAUGGUGGACAAGCACAGUUAGCCUACUAAAACAAAUAAAACUAAACUGACAUGUAUUUCUGUGACUCUUAAUGAGAUUAUAUGCAAGUAAUUUUGUUGAGUUUGUUCAUAUAAAUCCAGUAUAUUUAUGGAAUACUCUUUGGUGCCUGGUAUAUUGUUAAAGCAAACUGUAAAUAAAAGUGUAGAAAAUAAAGAGGUUCUGAACUAA